AUGAUGAUAGGCAUGAGAGCACGGCAAGAAAAAUAUGUAGUCUUGAAAACGAAGCUUGCCCGAACAAGUACCGCAAUUCAUUUGGUGCCUAAAUUUGUAAGGCGGGGGAGUGGAGAGAAGCUUAAUGAGCUUAUCCCCAAGCUCCACAUGCGAUGGGUCGGGCAUUAUGGCCCGCCACCUGGCAUCAUCAAUAAGUCUGAUAUGCAUAGCGAUGGGGUAAACCCUACGGUCAGACCCAAUCAUAUCAAAUGCCUUGGUUCUAAGUUUGGUGACAAAAUCUUUGGUGUCGUCCACAAAUUUAUGAAUAAAAGCUUUGUCAUUGACUCCGUGACAGCUGAGGAAUUUGAAAAGAAAGGUCUCCGGGUGCUGAAUGUCAUACUCUAG